CCUCCAUCACCACCCCCAUCCGCCUCCACCUCCCCUCCAACACAGCCAGAGUCUGCGAGGCCGUACGCAACUCUGUCCAUCGCGCGCGCGUCACCCUUUUGGCCUUCUCGCGGGGCGCGCUGCUGCACUUCGCUCGACCACGACGCUUGCCGUGCGCGACCGGCCGUUGCACCAACGACUCAUCACCUCGAGUUUGCGUCGCCAUUGCUGGAGGGCGACUGCGCGAAGGCUCCGCGGUCAUUCACUUUUUGCCCGUCACGCUGUCGACACGGAAAACGACGCGCUGGAGUAGUAGAGUAGACAAGAAUAGAACAAGAGGCGAAUCGCCCGGUGCGUGUGGCGACGACCCUGUCAGAAAGGGCGUCGAGGUGAGGUUGUGCCUCUUGUCAAGACGACGACGACGACGGUGAAGCGUCGCGAAGGAGUGACCGACCGACCGACUCAGCAGGCGAACGUCGACGAAGUGACCUCGCUUGCUUGCCUGCUGGCUGGCCGACUUCACACACGCGCCGACGACCACUUUCUUUUCCUUCAAAGAGUUCCUUUGCGCCCACGGCCCUUUCUUUCUUUUUCACCGGCUUCCAUUGCAAGUAAAGUCUCCGCCAUCAGAUCAGUGCAGUUCUAUUCAUCAUGGCAAAUCUCAACUUCGCGCACUCGAGCGCGCCGCUCAAGACCAUCAAGGAGAUUCAGUUUGGCCUGUUCUCACCCGAAGAAGUCAAGGAGAUGAGCAUUGGCCAGAUCGUGUAUCCGGAGACUAUGGAUGACGCGAAGCAGUUCCCACGCAAAGAUGGUUUGGGCGACCCGCGUAUGGGCUCCAUCGAUCGUGGCUUCGAGUGCGCGUCGUGCCAUGAAAAUAUGCAAGAGUGUCCCGGCCACUUCGGCCACAUUGAGCUUGCCACGCCUGUCUUCCAUGUCGGUUUUAUCCGACGGAUUCAGAAGAUUCUGGAGUGCUUCUGCAAGAGCUGUCACAAGCUUCUUGUCGACGAGAACAAUCCGCAGUUCCGUGACGCAUUGCGCACGACAAACCCGAAGCGCCGCUUUGACCAGAUACAUAAGCUGUGCAAGACGAAGAAGAUCUGUGAGCCGCCUAGCAAUAAGGUCGACCCGCAGGACGAGGAGUUCGGCGGCUCUGUCAAGAAGCAAGUUCCUAUCGGCCACGAUGGGUGUGGUGCUCCCCAACCGGAGGUGCGUAAAGAGGGCUUGGCCCUGUACUACAUCACAAAGCACAGCAAGAAAGAUGAGGAAAAUGAGGGACGAGAGCCUGACAAGGAGCUGGCGACUCCUGCACACGUCUAUGAGCGCUUCGAUAAGAUCGACAAUGCGACUUGGCGAACGCUAGGUAUGAACGUCGAGUUUGCGCACCCGAAGUGGAUGAUUAUCAGUAAUCUACUCGUGCCUCCACCUCCAGUGCGACCUAGUGUCUCCAUGGAUGGUACCGGUCAGGGCAUGAGAGGCGAGGAUGAUCUAACGUACAAGCUGGGCGAUAUCAUCCGGGCCAAUGCGAAUGUCAAACGCUGUCAGGAGGAAGGUUCUCCUGCACACGUCACAAGAGAGUUUGAAACCUUGCUACAGUACCACGUCGCGACGUACAUGGACAACAACAUCGCAGGUCAGCCUCCGGCGCUUCAAAAGUCGGGACGUCCGCUCAAGACGAUUCGCUCGCGCCUCAAGGGCAAGGAAGGACGUCUACGUGGUAACCUGAUGGGUAAACGUGUUGAUUUCUCCGCGCGAACGGUCAUUACUGGCGAUCCCAACUUGGAUCUUGAUCAGGUCGGCGUUCCCAAAUCUACGGCAUGUAUUCUUACCUAUCCCGAAACCGUGACACCGUACAACAUUCAGAGGCUACAUCAGCUGGUUCGAAAUGGCUCAGAGCAUCCUGGCGCUCGGUACGUGAUCCGUGACACAGGCGAGCGAAUUGACCUCAAGCAUCACAAGCGAGCUGGCGAAAUUGCGCUUCAAUAUGGCUGGAAGGUCGAACGGCAUAUUGUUGACGAUGACUACGUCAUCUUCAAUCGACAGCCAUCCUUGCACAAGGAAUCAAUGAUGGGUCACCGAGUUAAGGUCAUGCCUUACUCAACCUUCCGCUUGAACCUGUCCGUGACCUCGCCUUACAACGCUGACUUUGACGGCGACGAAAUGAACUUGCACGUCCCGCAGAGCGAAGAGACGCGCGCCGAGGUCAAGGAACUCUGCAUGGUCCCUCUCCAGAUUGUCUCCCCCCAGCGCAACGGGCCCCUCAUGGGUAUUGUGCAGGAUACCUUGUGCGGCAUCUACAAGAUCUGCAAGAGAGAUGUAUUUAUUGAUAAAGAUCAAGUGCAGAACAUCCUCAUGUGGGUACCUGACUGGGAUGGCACGAUCCCUACACCUGCCAUCCUCAAGCCCAAGCCUCUGUGGACCGGCAAACAAAUCAUCAGUUUGGCUUUGCCAGAAAGCUUGAACUUGAUGAGAGAUAAUGACCCAUUGCCGCCUAAGGAUGGUUCGCUACUUGUGUAUCAGGGUGAGCUUCUCUAUGGGCUUUUUGCCAAGGCUACUGUUGGUGCUAGCGGUGGUGGUGUUGUGCAUACAAUAUAUAACCAGGAAGGCUGGCCUGCCGCUGUUAAGUUCUUCAACGCGGCACAGCGCAUUGUCUGCUACUGGCUGUUGCAUCACGGCUUCAGUAUCGGCGUCGGUGAUACCAUCCCAGACCCCGAGACUGCUGCAAAGAUCCAGGAGGCCAUUGACGCUCAAAAGGCGGAGGUGGAAAAGGUUGUCAAGAAGGCGACCAAGGACCAACUUGAUCCACUCCCGGGUAUGAACAUCCGAGAGACCUUCGAGAACAUGGUGCAGGCUGCACUGAAUACCGCGCGUGAUAAUGCUGGUACUAUUGCUACCAAACAUUUGAAGGAGUGCAAUAACGCCGUUGCCAUGGCAAAUUCAGGAUCUAAAGGCUCUAAGAUUAACAUUGCGCAGAUGUCUGCACUGGUGGGUCAGACCUCAGUUGAAGGCAAGCGUAUUGCGUUCGGCUUUCAGUACCGUACUCUUCCGCACUUCACCAAAGACGACUACUCCCCAGAAUCACGCGGUUUUGUUGAAAACUCGUAUCUUCGUGGCUUGACACCUCACGAAUUCUUUUUCCACGCCAUGUCUGGUCGUGAAGGUCUUAUCGAUACUGCUGUCAAGACAGCCGAGACUGGUUACAUCCAGCGAAGAUUGGUCAAAGCUCUUGAAGACUGCUCGGUCAAAUAUGAUGGUACAGUCCGCAACUCACUCGGCGACAUUCUUCAGUUCAUCUAUGGUGAAGAUGGCCUCGAUGCCCAGUACAUUGAGAAGCAGAAGGUGGAUGUUAUUAGGUGCUCAGAUGAAGUCUUUGACUCGUACGUCCGCGUUGAUGUUACAGACGAGACUGGCAGGUUCCAGAUCGAUGAGCAAUUCCUAGAGUGUGCCCGAGAGAUCGAGGGUGACGUCGAGGUCCAGCGUUACUUCGACGAGGAGUAUGCACAAUUGCUUGAGGACCGCAAAUUCCUCCGCGGUGACUGCUCGGAUGACGAGGAGCAGAAGCAACUUCCGCUCAACAUCCUCCGCAUCAUAGAAAGCGGCAAAGCCAAGUUCAACAUCAAACGUGGGGCGCGCAGUGAUCUGCAUCCUGCUGAAGCAAUCCCUCUCGUCAGACAAACUCUCGACAAUCUCAUGGUGAUUCGUGGAGAGGAUUCUCUCUCUAUUGAAGCGCAGAAGGAAGCUACACUGCUCUUCAAAGCACAUCUCCGAACCAAACUCGCGUUCAAACGUCUUGUCAUGCAACACGGCCUGAACAAGCUGGCACUGGCAAGUAUUCUUGGCGAGCUCGAGAAUAGGUUCUUACGUGCUGCUGUCGCUCCUGGCGAUAUGGUUGGUGUUUUGGCUGCACAGUCCAUUGGUGAGCCGGCUACCCAGAUGACGCUGAAUACCUUCCAUUUCGCUGGUGUGGCUUCCAAGAACGUUACUCUCGGUGUGCCUCGUCUGAAGGAAAUCUUGAACAUUGCAACGAACCUCAAGACACCGUCCAUGUAUGUGUACCAGGUGGAGGAGAACCGGCGGACUCAGGAAGGUGCGAAGCGUCUGCGUAGCAUGGUGGAGCAUGCAACUCUGAAGAGCGUCACGGCAAUGACGGAGAUUCACUACGAUCCGGAUCCCACCGCUACAGUUAUUGAAGAGGACGUCGAUCUUGUCGAGUCCUACUUCAUUGUGCCUGACGAAAACGAGGACCUCAGCCGCCAGUCGAAGUGGAUGCUUCGCAUCGUGCUAGACGACAAGAAACUGCUCGACCGUGACAUGCGUGUCAGCGAUGUGGCGGCCAAGAUCAAGGAGCAAUUCCAGGCCGAUCUAGCUGUCAUCUUCUCAGAUGAUAAUGCCGACCUCAAGGUCAUUCGUAUGCGCAUGAUCAACAAUGACGAUACGAAGGAUGACGAGGACGAAAUGGUAGAGGGCGAGAACGUGUUGAAGAAAGUAGAGAUGCACAUUCUGGACAAUCUUACACUUCGUGGUGUGGAGGGUGUCACGAGGGCUUUCAUUGACAAGCGGCAGCGUGUUGUGAAGGAGCCUGAUGGCAGUCUUGCGAAGAAGGAGAAUCAUCCCGAUGGCACGGAGUGGUUCCUUAAUACUAGCGGCAUCAAUCUCAAGAAGGUGCUUGAGAUUGAGGGCGUGGAUCCUUACCGUACGUACUGCAACUCUGUGAUGGACAUCUUCACCGUGUUCGGUAUCGAAGCUGCUCGUGCGGCGCUGGCAAAGGAACUGCACAUGGUCCUGUCUUUUGAUGGCUCGUACGUCAAUCAUCGUCACUUGGCUAUGCUGGUUGAUGUUAUGACCUCAAAGGGUUACCUAAUGGCCAUCACCCGCCACGGCAUCAAUCGUGAACAAACUGGUGCCCUGAUGCGUUGCUCUUUCGAGGAGACAGUCGAGAUUUUGCUAGAAGCCGCAGCCCAGGGCGAGAUCGAUGACUGCAGGGGUAUCUCGGAGAACGUCAUGUUGGGACAGCUGGCUCCACUUGGAACCGGUGACUUUGAUGUCCAGCUUGACUACGCAAUGUUGGAGACUGCACAUUCAGACAACGCACGCUAUGGACUUAUGCCAGGAGUGGCUAGUGGUUCAAACUACGUGGAUCAGGGUGCAGCCACCCCGUACGAUAUUGGCUCCCCGUCUCAUGAGGGCGCCUUUGGUGGUGGCAAUUUCGAUUCAGCAUUCUCUCCCAUUGUGCAGUCUGGAGGUACCGAAGGCGGCGGCUUCCCAAAUUUCGGCGGCGGCAUCAGUCCGUAUGGUCCAGACUAUGCCGGUGCCGCGAGCCCGGGUUGGGGUACAAGCCCUGGAUACAUUGGUGGCACAUCGCCAACCAGCCCCAAUUACUCCCCUACUUCACCUGGCUACUCGCCUACCAGUCCCGCCUACAAUCUCACGUCUCCCGCGUAUGGUGGUACAUCACCUUCCAGUCCAGCGUAUACGCCCACGAGUCCGACAUACUCGCCUACCUCACCGGCAAUGUCUUACUCUCCAACCAGUCCGUCGUACUCGCCGACAUCCCCUGCUUAUUCGCCCACGAGCCCGAAGUACUCACCUACAUCUCCGGCAAUGGGAUACUCGCCCACUUCUCCGACAUAUUCGCCAACAAGUCCACAGUAUUCGCCUACAUCGCCCAAGGCAACGUCGCCUCGGUACUCACCUACGUCACCGACGUAUUCUCCAACCAGUCCCGCAUACAACAGCCCGACAUCGCCUGUCUACUCACCUACAAGCCCCGCAUUUGGAGGUGAUAGGAGGAGCCCAACGAGUCCGGUGUACUCUCCCACAAGUCCUGCAAUUAGCUACUCCCCGACGAGUCCGAAAUAUAGUCCGACAAGUCCGGCGAUGGCGGGUUCAGGCCAGGGAUCAAGCAGUCCCAAGUACUCGCCAACGAGCCCAAGCUAUAGUCCAACAUCGCCAAAAUAAGCGGAUGAACGAGGUCGAAGCCUGAUCAAUCUGUUGUAACAACACCGCACAGCACAACGAUAUUCUUUUACUUCGCAAUGCAUUUCCCAACAUGUCCUUUUGAUACCAAAAGAUCAUUCUAUCAUCAGCUCACAAAAAAGAACGGAGGGUCUACACAACACAAACUCUGCAUUGCUAGCGAUUUCCUCUUUUCUGCUCUUACAAGCGCACGCUCAACCAAAAAUUGUAUCACAUUCUAUGUUCGGUAACGUCUUUUUGGCCCGCGUAACUCAUAAUCCGUGGUUCUUCGACUUAAAUCUGAUAUGCAUUCAUGGCAUGGCGUUCUUGGAGGUAAUGGGCAGUGCACGCUCAAUCCACACACAAUCAACAAAUUAUUCAAGAUUUUACGGGUUGGGUCUGGGCACUGGUGGCGUUCUUGCGAGCUGCUGCUUGAAUUUUCCUUUUAAUUUUGCCCGAUGGUCUCAGAAUUUGUAUUCGUCCGAAGUAUAUGCCUGUAUGCCAGCUUUUUGUUUUGUCUGGCGAAUAGACUGAAAACAAGACGGGGAGGAGAGUGGAUGGAUUGGAUCAGAUCGGAUGGACUAGGGCGAGCUCUUAGCUGAGUUAUCGUUGAUGCCACCGACUGCUGAUGCUGUGAGAAGGGUUGGAGGGUUGAUCUCUUAGUCUUAGCAAUUGGUCUCCCAGAAUGAGAUAUUCAGAGAUCGGAAUGAAAAAUAAAAAGAAGUACGAUGCAAGCAAUACUUAUAGGCAAAUUUUCUCAG